AAUCAAGUGUUGAAAUCUCCAAAAGUCAAGGAGAAAAUUUGUUGUAGAAACUAACGGGCUAAGUUAUAACUAAUUUCCAGCAAACAAUGCAAAAACUGUGUCUAAAAUGAAAAGGUGAAAUACAAACGAGCUCUUUGCUUUCUUCAAACAAUGUAAUCUCUUUGACAAUUAACACAAUGAUAUAUGAACAAGCUGUUGGGCGGGGAUUGUGGGACCUUCUCCCCUCAGGCGAGGUCUGUUGUCUCUUUCUAUAUUGUUGCCGGCGGGUUGCGAUUCUCCUAGGCUCCAAUCGAGGAAAGCCCUGAUUUAGAAAGUGCUAAUGGAACCGUGAAUCGUGUCCACCUCCUCCUCUUGCUCUACAAUGAUCGAUGGUUGAGCGGCGGCAACCGAAGAUAUGGGGGCGGUGAGCUUGUGGACGACAGAGUACAACAGGAUUCAAGUUCCAGAAAUGGCAGCUGCGCUUGUUUGCUCAAUCUUGCACCUAGUAGGAGAAGUUUUAUUACAAGUAACAAUGGGAACGGCGAGGCUGGGGGAAGAUUCUCUAAAUGAACUCGAAAGGCUUAGGAACAACCUUGCGAUCUUAAAUUGGAUCUUUCCCAAAACAAGGGUAAAGAGGACUGACAGAGCUAUCGAAUUUUGGUUAGAUGGGCUUACAGAUGCAGCUUAUGACUUGGUGGAUGUGUUGAAUGAGUGGAACGCUGCACACGGGAGGUUCAGAAUAAAAGGAGUUGGAAAAACUUCUAUUCUGAAGGCUAAGGUAGGCUCCUUCGUCACCCACUGUUUACGUACUACCCAAGUUGUUAGGCGUGAUGAUCUUGCUUUCAAAUUAAAGAAAUUCAGUGACAGGCUAGAUGAGAUUGCCACUGAUCUAAAUAAGUACCACUUAAUAUCAAUUUCUACGUCUAGCAGAUGGAUUGAGAGUACAUUUGUUGAUGUGUCACAGAUAAUUGGUCGAGAUGAAGUUAAGGGAGACAUUCUGGAUCCAGAUGGUCUAAAAUCAACAUGGAAGGUGCAUGACAUUUUGCAUGAUUUUGCACAGUUUUUGAUGAAUAAUGAUGGAAUUGUGAUUGAGGUCAAUCCAGGAGGCAAUUCAGUGAUAGAUUUGUCUUCCAGAAACGCUCGUUAUUUGACAGCAUGUAUACCAGAGGGGCAUUGUCUUCCUACUUCCAUUUAUGGUGCUGAAAAGUUGCGUAGCCUUAUGAUCAUUUCUGGAGAGAAUGCAAUAACCAAUGAGGCCGUGCGAAUAAUUUUUAAUCAAGCAAAACAGCUAAGGUUGGUGGAUUUUGGUUGCCAUAAUGCAUCAAUGGAUACAAUUCCAAAAGAAAUAGGGAAUUUGAUCCGUUUGAGGCACAUUAACUUCAGUGGAAGUAAAAUAAAAAGAUUGCCCCCAUCUUUGUGUGAGUUAUAUAAUCUUCAAUAUUUGAAUCUCGACAACUGUGAAUCUCUUGAGAAUUUGCCAGAUGAGAUAGGGAAUUUGAUCAAUUUGAGGCACAUUAUCUGUAGUGGAAGUAAAAUAAAAGGAUUGCCCCCAUCUUUGUGUAAAUUACAUAAUCUUCGAUAUUUGAAUCUCGACAACUGCAAAGCUCUUGAGAAUUUACCAGAUGAGAUAGGGGAUUUAAUCAACUUGAUACAUCUGGGGACUCUUCAUUGCUACAGUUUAGCUUGCUACCCCAAAUCAGCUAGGUAUUUAAGUAAUCUUAGGCGAUUACGUGGGAUCGUGCUCAGAGCUGAUAGAAAUGACCCUAAGGAAUUCGCUCUUGGAGACCUGGAAAACUUGAACAAACUUUGUGAACUUUCCAUGGUACUGAAAGGAAAUGCAGUAGAUGAUAGAGAGCUUAAAAGAGCCAAAUUUGAAAAAAAGAUAUAUUUAGAGGAAAUCAAGGUGGAGUGAUAAGGAAGCAUGAGGCAUGAUGACAGUCAAGUAUGAAGUUAAAGCUAGUUCCGUUGGUGAAGAGGAGCGUUGUUCUUGCAGAGAUCAGAAGCUGCUGGUUAAUGUCUAGCUGCUAGUUUGUUGAAUUGAAUAUAAUCUUGUGUGUAAUUUUAUUUUCUAAGCUAUGCCAUGCAACUUGUUAUGUGAUAAUUGUGAUCUUUAAGGGUUCUGAAUGUUAUCUUUAGAGGAGUGUGAGAAGCUCUCCAGUUGUUCAACAUGAUCAAAGGAUUGAAUACGUUGGGUAUAUAUGUAUUUGAAUGAAAGUUUCUUAGUACU